AUGUCUAAAAUAAGAAUUGAGGGACUUCUUACAGCUUUUCCUAAAUUGAUUGGAAGUGGGAAAAAACACACUUAUGUUGAGACUGAAAAUGUACGCUAUGUGUAUCACCCAAUGGAGGGUAUAUAUCUGUUGCUUGUUACAAACAAGCAAAGCAAUAUUCUUAAGGAUCUUGAUACACUGAGGCUUCUCUCUAAAGUUAUAGAGAGGGGAAAACUGGAAAAGGGUGGCUAUUCAUCUCUUCAAUCCAUGAGUUCAACAGGGUCAAUGGGUUCAAUUGGAAGAAUGGAUAAUUCAUUUAGCAAUGAUAUGGGCAUUUCAAGUGGUAAUACAUUUGGAGGUGGAUCUGGAUUUGGAUUAACCUCUGAUGUGGACUCCUUCUCAAGUCGUCCAACUGCUUCAGUUGCUGCUCCAGCUAAAGGCAUGGGAAUGAAAUUUGGGAAAUCCCAAAGAACAAACCAGUUCUUGGAAUCACUGAAAGCUGAAGGAGACACAUGGAACGUUUUGACUCAUCGUGUGGGGUCAAUGUGUAUGCUUUCAUUAAUAUAUUCUGAGAUCUUGAAGAUGCUUCGUAUGUGGGGUCUUGUGAAUUUUGAUGUUGAAAUAUCUUCACCAAAUGAUUCUUAUGGUUCUCCUAGAGGCUAUCUCAAACAGAGAAGUACAGAGUCUGAUCAUCAACAUAUCAUGACAACUGAAUCACUGUUACUGAAGGUGGCUUCUGUCUUUUUUGUUGAGAUAUUCACUUGUAGGUUCAUCUACUAA